AUGGCGUCAACUAAGGGAGUUGCCGGUCUCUUUGCACUUACGGCUUCUGCUGCCUUCCUAUCCAUUGCAGGAAUCUUUACUGCUCAGGGAACAGUCCAGAACAUUCAAGGUACCACUGCCCAGCUCAAGGAUUCACUAAUGAAUAUGGACACUUUAUUUCGGUCCGAGGCCAAUUUCCAGAUUAUUUCCGCUCAUGAUCCGUUCGCUUUCAGCUCCAACAAAUCCGCAGAGCAAUACAUUGAAACAUCGGAUGAUAGCAUGGCGGAAUAUCAGACAGGGCCCAUUCGAAGCGAUACUAGACUGGAAAGGAACGGUAAAGAGCCGGAAAAAGACUUUCGCAAACCAGUCUGGAGUAACUCUUCUGAUUAUAGCAUCGACUCCCCGACAAUUCUUGUCCAGCUUGGGGACUUCAAUUUUUCGGCCGGAAAUACUGACAGUAUCACUAAGGAGUUGCAGUCUUUGAAACAGCGUGGGCCAGACAGAAUCAUUGCCGAGAAGAGAGUUUUUCAAAUAGACAAGAAGGGACCGCUUGACCAAGGUUUGAAAUCUUUUGUGAGUCUUUACGCUGCCAAUCACACAAACAUGGGGCAAAGGAAUGGUUACAUCACCAUUCCUUUCCUAACUACACAUCAAAUGAGCGCAAAAGACCUCAUUGUGGACAAGUAUUAUAACGACAUUCGCAGAAUAUACCAUUUUGAUAAAAGCUGCUGCAUGGAUGUACCCAACCCGGAUGAAUCCGUUUUUCAUUUUCGCAAUUUUAUUAGGGAAAGUGGUAGACUACGACAUCGUGCAGGCUACGAAGAGCUAGCUCCUGAGCAAGUGGCAAAUGAGUUGUUUGCGCAUUUGAAUCCUGGCGACAAAGUAGCUAUUGCAUCACGAUUCUCCGAUGAUUUUCGAACGCAAAUGAUUGUGGACGCUCUUGAGAAGCGACAGCUUCGGGUUCGAGUCACGGAGCCACGAUCGGGGGUUGCGGAUUUUUGCUUCUUGCUGUAUGCCCAAAAGGAGUUGGUUGGCACGGCCAAAUCUCUUUUUUUAUUUGGGCUGGCCUACUUGGAAAUGCCACAAGGGUUCGACCUUAUACAGCAAUGA